AUAGUGCUCCUGGGGGAGCAUCAGCUCCAACCCUGCAGUGCCCAAUCACAGAUGCUCCCAGGUAGGGUUGUGUUGUCUCAUGCACGGUGCUUUAUUAAUAACCCUGGUUAAUUAUAUGAAGUCCUUGCCCUGCCAUGGAGCCGAGGGGCGGUGGAGCAGAAGGGAACGGGCUUUGUCCCCCCGCCCAGCCCGGGGGCGGUGCGGCACGGCCGGAGCUCCCACCCGCACAGCCCUCGCUCCUCAUCCAGUGUCCGCUGGAGCGGGGCAGAGCCAUCGUCCCGCGGGGCUCGCAGGCUCCCGGUGCCAUGCAGGGUGCGCUGCUCUGGGCGGGCUGGCUACUGGCCACCGGCUGCCUGGUAGGAGCCACGGGCAGCUGCCGGCACCGCUGCUGCCCCGGCAGGAACAACGCCUGCUGGGCCCCCGGCGCCCGCCGGGCUCGCUGCUACUGCGACUCGUACUGCCAAAGGACGGGAGACUGCUGCCAGGACUACCUCACCACGUGCCGCCGUGCCGCGGUGGGCUGUGCUGUGGGGCCCUGGGGGCCGUGGAGCGGGUGCAGCUCCCCGUGCGGGGUUGGCAGCAGGGCCCGCAGCCGCCAGGUCACUGUGCCGCCCCGGCACGGGGGGGAUCCCUGUCCUGACCUCAAGCAGCGCCGCGGCUGCCUGGGGCAGCACCCGACCUGCGGGACAGCCAAAGCUGCUCUUCUGCCAGAGGUAGCCAAGAUACUCCCCAACUCCUUCAGCCAGGACUUCAGAGAUCCCUGGCGAAGAGCUGGGCUGCCACUGCCAGAGGAGCCCUCUGGGUAUGUGUGGAGUCGGGGCCCCUCUGUAACCCUCCUCCCCAAAGCCGGGACCCCCCUGCACCCCCUGCGGUCAUGGCCUCUUUGCAUCCUCAGACCCAGGGCCUUUUUGCUUCCCCCAGCCAUUAUUCUCCCUGCCCUAAACCAUGGCCCCAUUGCACCCCCAUACAAAACCAUGGCCCUCUGCAUGCCCCACAGAACCACCAUCCUACCCACCCUCCAAACCAGGAUCCCUCUGCACCCCCCCAGAGCCAUUACCUUCUCACCUCCCCAGCCGAGGCCCCUCUGCCACCCCCAAACCUACAUCCCCUUUAUACCCCAAUCCAUCAACAAACCACCACAACCUCUGCCCUACCUUCCGACCACCAUUUUCCCUCUUUUCUGCUCCCAUUUUCCCCCCUCCCCAGCUCCCCCCUCCGCAGCUACUGCGGCUAUUUCCGCCUGACGCAGGUGGGAUCCCCGUGCCGCGGGCGCACCUGGAGCCGCCGGCUGCAGCGGGACAAGCAGGUGUGUGUGGAAUGCUGGGGGAAUCUGUCCCACCGCCGUCCCCACUGCACCGGACACAGGCUGCAAGGAGCCAGGUAGGUGCUAAUCUGUGGCAUCCCCACCAAGGGAGAUCUCCUAGGAACAUCUCUCCCUGUCUCUAAGGCAUUCUCCUUUUAUAUUGCAAUUAUAAUAUUUGUAUACAAAGCUGUAAUUAUGUUAAAAUAUGCCACAAUGUUAUAGUAUACCAUCAUAUUAUUAAAUGAAUCAAUAAUAUGUCCUAUAAACCAAUAUUAUAAUAUAAAAAUAAACAGAAUAGAAUAUCUCUGUUGGAAGGGACAGACAAUGAUCAUCUGGUACAACUGCCACUAUUAUAUAUAUAAUAUAAACCCAUAUAGAAAACUGUAUUUGAUUUUUAAAAAAUGUAUUUAUUAAUGGCACACCCUAGUUUUCACUGAUUUUCCCUUCCAGGACAUUUUGGGUGGCCGCUUCUGUGGUGGGGUGCCAGGGC